AUGAAAGCCUUCCUUACAGGGAUUACCAAAGCAACCAUAAUUAGAUUUUCCGUAAUGGAAUUAACAAGAGAAAGGAUCUAUGUUGCAUCUUACCAAACACCUUUCUACAAAAUGGAUGGAUAUAUCAUGCUUCACUUAGAUGACAUUAGCAUAUAUGUCUUGAGCUAUUUUUACAAUUUUACUCCUGACAAUUAUAUGAAAACUUCAGGGGCAAGUGCCAAGAGUGAAAAUGAAAAUAUUCCAUUACUGAACGAUAUCAUGGAAGGAUGCGAAACUGCCCUACAAUAUCAAAAAUACACAUCAAUAGAUGAACACUUAGAGCCUAAUGCAUUCAUCACUCCUCGAUCCAAUUCAUAUGAUGCGACCACCUACACCAUUCUUCAUUCAAUGAACAAUCGGAUUAAUGACCUUCAGGAUAAUAUCAGUUAUUUUUUAUCUUAUCAAUUUAAUAUUAUAUUUAUCAUAUAA